GAAAUAGUUUGUCAUCACGGUUUAAUGUACAUACAUGCCGAUCUUGACACGCGUUCCGAUCGAUCGAAUUCAUCAUCGAAACCCAUCUGUUCAAAGAACAAUAUUUUUAUUGCUACAAGAACUUCGAUCGACGAUACGACGAAAUGAACGACGGAAUACCGAUCAUCAGAUACCUUCGUUUUGUCGAAACAAGCGUGCGCUGUUUUCCGGAGUCAGUUACAUCAUCGACGAAGCGUGGGCGCGAAGGGUAAACCGCAUACAGCACAAAAUGCUUAAGUCCGUGUCACCGCGGCUGUCGCCCAGAGGAGGCGCCGAGCCAAGAAUCAUCCGUUUGACGACCGACCAGGAAGCCGUUCUUCAGGAGCAAUUCAACAGGUGUCCAAGAGCCCCGCACACAGCUGACAUCGUCCUCCUUGCCGCAGAGACAGGCCUGUCAGAGGCGGAUGUUCAGGGAUGGUACGCCAUAAGACUCGCUCAAUGGCGGAAAGAGCAGGGACUCGGUGGAAACUUGCAUUUUAGCAACUGAUUAAAAUCUCAUGUACCUAUCUUCUACAAUAUUAUAUUAUAUUUGUAUCAUAUUAUUGUAACGAUAAGGUUACGAAUAUAAUUUAUAAACCUUGCGGUAAUUUGAAAUACUGAGAUAAGGAAAACACGCAGCUCGUUUUCUGUAGCAAAGCUUGCGAAAAAUAUUUAUUUUAAUUGGAGAAAAAAAUAAGUUACAAUUUCAUAACGUUUGAAAUAUAUUUGGGAAAUUUCAACAUGCUACAUAACUUCAAAGUAACCAUAAAAUUGUUCUUAUUUUGUUACGUUUGUUAAGUAUACCGCUUAAGUUGUAAUUUAUAUAUAACAAAUAAGUUACUGACAGUGAGAACAUGAUUCGCAUAUACCAGAUUGAAAAAAGGAACAAGUACAUAGAGGAAAAUUGAAAACGGACUUAAAUUUAAUCGGUUCACCGGUUUUCAUAUUAUUGUAACGAUCAUUGAAAACAAUAUUUAUACAUAUUAUUAAACAUGUUGUGUGUACAGAUAAAUAUAGUUAUUAAUAUAAAAGUAAUAAAGAAAGAGAAGGAGAGAGAAGAAAACACUUACAAAAACAUUGAAAAAAUGUAAUAACGCGUUGAAUGAGAUAAAUGUUAUAAUAAACCCGACUUCUAUCGCUAAAAAAUAUUUUCUAUGGUUUUAAAUUUCAUAUCGGUAAAAAUUCUUUUUCAAAAAUAAAAUUUUUGUUCUAUAGAUUCUUAUAAUAAGUACGAUAAUUACGUAACAAAUGAAGAUUCGAUUCUUCCCUUAUUUUUAUCAAGACAAUUAUGUAAUUAUACGUAUACAAUAAAUUGUUAAACAUAAAUGUUACCUGUGUUAUAUAUUUUUAGAGUAUUGUUCUAUUACUGAUAAAAUUUAGAUACCAAAUAUUGAAUAUUUAGUAAUAAUUUUCUGUUUUAUCUUCUCGUCAGAUUCUACGGUUCAUAUUUUAUUUCUUAUUUUUAUAUAAAAUAAUAUAUUAUCAAAUUGUGCCACCUUGAGACUUUAUUAUUUCUCUCGCAUAUACACAAUUUUUUCGCGCAAAUCUUUACAGCUUUAUAUUUGCUAAAUUAAAGUAUUGUGUAACACGUAUCUGCGUAAAUUAUUGUUGCUAUCUUAAGGAUUCCAGAGUACAAUGGAAUAAUUGUCAAAGCGUUGAUCAAUCCAAAAUAUAAUGUGAACAGUCAAAAUUUUAUGUAUUGAAAUAUGUAGUGGGAAUUUUCAUUAAUUGCUGUAUCUACUUUUCCUGCAGGAGUGUCCGGAAUGUGUUUCAGCGAGCCGUGAGUAAGACAAACAUGAAGAUAUUCCGUUUCGCAUUUGUCGCAAACUAAAACGGUAAUUUAAACUAAGAGAGAAUGGGAAUUGAAUCCGAUAUUGUACAACGAUACCAUAUAAUACGAACAGUGUAACGAACCGUAAAUUUGUGUGUCAUGUAAAAGUAUACUUAUAAGUAUAUAAUAUACGAAUAACUUUCAUCUUUUAUUGGAUAAUUGUAGAGCGAUGUUAUUAUUUACUGCUGCAUAUUAUAUAAUAAACCAGCUAACUAUGUA